GCCAGUAACAGGGAAAAUGCCGUGCUCGAAUUAGAUGAGACCAGAGAAAAGCUGAGCUUAUGGCAUUGGCCAGUGAAUGAUGAUGGAGAACGUGUGGUUCCUUCCGAUCUCGUAGUGCAUCGAAGAUCUCAUCAGUUCCAAGGACCAUGGUAUUUGUGUGCGUUGGGUGGUGACAACGAUCCCAGUGACCACCGCGAAGCAGUAAUAAUCAUGUUAACGCGGGGAGCACAUGUAGGAGAGUAUGUUGCUUGUUGCACAUCGAGCAAAUGCGGUUAUAUUGGUAGGUUGUCCUUGGCUGGAUAG